UUUAUAGAGUGCUUAGGGCAAUUGAACUUUAGCGAAAUGGAGCAACACCUUGUGCUUCUCUUGAUUGUUUCCCUAAUGGGAAAUGCUUGUUUUUUGGGUCUGUCCGAGGCACAAACCUUUACCGCCGAGGAUCGCAACUCUAUACAGAAGUUUAUGGACUCUUUGAUCAAUUUCCUGGAACUGGAAGUGAGCAAUGUAACUACCAGCACAACGUUGGCGCCCUCUUCGAAUGGCACUAGCUUGGAGACCACUACCCUGGCAGCUGGGAACUCCACUGAGGUAACAGCAGAGGUUUCGGGAAGUACCAGCAACUCCACAUCAAGUGUUUUGGACAGUAGCACCUCGUCUACUUUGGCUAGCACCUCAUCGAGUGUAUCGACCACCUCAACUUCCAGUUUAAACUCCACAACAGUGGCCAACUCAAGUUCAACCAUAACCAGCACCACAGCCAAUCCCACUACCAUUCGAAGAAGGAUUUGCUUUAAGCGUUUCUGCUACAAGUUCAGCAACGAUAAGGGUUACAUAGUCUAGAUGGAAUAAAAAGAGUAUACAACAUAA